CUGGAGGAAGAGAAAUCGCCGGGGGAAGUCGGAAGCCGAGAAAGCGGCCCGGCGGGAACCGGGCCGUAUGAAGAGCAUCCGGCGCCCUCCACUCCUGGGCUGUGAGAGUCGAAUGCGGGCGGCCGAGGGUCCCGCCGGCCGCCCGGACCAUGAACGGUAGCGCGGCCAAGUCGACGACGGGCACCGGAAGUCCCCCGCCCGGAGGCAACGCGGCCGCCAACGUCACCGUGUCCAGUAACUCCACCAAACCGCUGUUGGACGUGUCCAGGACCAUCACCCGCCCGGCCAGCCUGGCCGCCGUCUCCAGAAGGUCGCUGGUGGAAGAACAGGUGGAGAAGGGCAUCUACCAGAUGCUGGCCUCGCUGGCCCUGCUGUGCCUGCUCUCCCUGCUCAUGUCUUUCCUGGCCCUCUUCUUUCUACAGAAAGUGGCCUCUUCCCUCGUCUCUCCCGAAGACUUCAAAAAGAACGGAGAGAAAAAGAUAGUGGUCAAUCCCAAAGAGUAUUUCGCCGUCUACCAGGUGUCGGUGGCGCUCUGCACUCUGACUUUGUGCCUCAAUCUGUGUUGUCUAUUCGUCUGUUGCAUCCAGUUUCUCUUCGCCAUCAAAUUAAUGAAGAUACCUCGAGGCAACGAAAGGACCAAUAAAUUUCUGAAGAGAAGUUCGCAGACAAGAAUUGUGGCCAUUAGUGGCUUCUUCCUCUCCAUCCCCAUCUUUUUCACAGGUGUCAUACUGUUCACGUUCAUCCAUUUUCACGAAGUACCGGCCAUUAUCACCAGUAUUAUCAUCGGAUCGGGAGUGGUGUUCUGCGGCGUCACUUCGGUCCAGAACGUGUAUCUGUGGCAGUGGGAGAAGACCAGAGCUCUAGAAGAACUGGUCGAGAGCAAACUGAGCCAUUUCGGAGAGUCAAACGAGAUGACUACUCCGGGAGCCAUCGAACUGUCCACUUUGGUGUGAUCGGAAAGCGUUACAGGGUAUCGGCCAUGGAUGGGAUCCGAAUACAUAAUACACUUUCUCACCGUGUAAAAAAGUCAUUUUUGUUAAACAUUCGUAAUUUAUUAAUCUAACUUGUACGAAAAUAACAAUAAAUGUUAUUAAUGAAAAUUCAAAUUCUAAAAAAAAAAAAA